AUGUCGGGGAAUCCAUCAGUUAAACUUCCUGGGUUCUUGAAAACGUUAACAGAAGCUUCAAAGGCUCCAUUAAAAGCAUCAUUGACCAUUUCAAGACCAAUUGGUUUACCUGAACCUAAAGUAUUUGGCAGCCAAUUUUCCAUAACUAAGUAUUUCAGUCCUGAAGCCAGAGAUCAAAGAAGACAACAGAUUAAUUAUGAUUUGAAACAUUCCCAAGUCUAUGAGUAUAAAUCUUACACCAAUACCAACGGGAAGAUUUUUAGAUCUCCGGUAUCAUUUUUCAAAGGUGAAAAAUCAUUAUAUUUCCCUAAUUUUAUAGAAAAGAACAUCAAUGGGGAGAGAAUUGAGUUUUUCAAAGCAUUAGCUGGUAAGGUUAAUGUCAUAAGAGUGUUCCAAUCCGUUGCUGGUGCCAAUGCCACAGAAACUUACUUCAAAUCUGGGGAAUUGGAUUAUUUGACCAAAAACUAUAAAGAUUUCGUACAGAAGUUCCCAAAGGUUCAACUUAUAGAUUUGAACAUCCCUCUGGAUAGUUUGAAGAACACUAUUCUUAACAUGAGUAAGUCAAAUAUCAAGAAAUCUGUUCCUGAAGAGAGACAACUGGGUUAUUUCAUUUUACCUCAUAGCGUAUUUAACCAUGAAGUCAGAGAGAAUCUUCUCUGUGAUAACAGUUAUGGUGGAUAUAUCUACGUUGUAGAUGAACAGGGACGAAUCAGAUGGUGUACUAGUGGGAACUCAGAUGAAGCUGAUGUUAAAUUGUUCCAUAAGGUGUUAAUGGGAUUAUCUAAAGAGAUAUCGGUAUAA